UGCUUACUAUUUCACACAAGAGUUUGGUAUAGUUGAGCUUUUCAACGAAUAUUAAUUUUUCAACUUGGCAAUGUUAAAUUUUCCUAGUCGCUAGGUAGCUAUACCGGCCUAAAGACAACUCAUAACUCUGAUUGGAAUUAACUAUCCCGACGUUGCGAACUAGCGUACAUCAACUGGUUUCAUACGUCACAAACAAUCCAACAAAUCUCAGUUAUUGUGAUCAUAAGUGCCUAACAGCCCAGCUGAUAUAUUGAGCUCGAGAGCUACGUUUUACCAUGUGUUUCUCACUAGUAACAUACAAAAUUACAAAUGAGUGUGUUUAUACAUAAGUGCAAAUCAUCAAACUAUGCAAGUAACACUCUAACAAACUUAUAUAACCACCUCAAUCUAGCAAACCACCAAUGAUAGGAUAAACCAAUACUUUUUUCUAGGAUGAAGAAUCUAAUGCUCACACCGUCACACGCCUUAUUCUUCUACAUAUACACACACAUGACACCCUCGUUAACUAUAGCACAAAAGAUCAUCUAUAUAUGCAAAUAACCACAAGCAUGACAAAGCUCAUCAUUAUCCUCGCUGCACAGAUCAUCCUCCUCGCCGCAGUUGCUUCCGCUGGACAUGUUGGAGACUUCGCAAGAACUACGUACCAAAAACAUCCCAUCAUCAAUAAAAAGGAAAAACUCACCCAUCUCCAUUUCUAUUGGCACGACUCCACCAAGGGUCGAAACCCAAGCUCUGUCAUGAUCCAACAGCCAUUGGACGCUCAUAAAGGGUUAUCAUUCAAGUCAAUCUCUUGUCUUUCAACGGACGACCCAUUAACAACAGAUGUGCCAAGGAACUCGACAGUGGUGGGACAUGCCCAAGGGAUCUACGCCGGAGCGUCCCGGGGAGAGAUUGGCUACUUGAUGGUUCUGAGUUUUGCGUUCAAGACAGGGAAGUACAAUGGGAGUACGAUCUCAGUUCUUGGUCGAAACAUAGUGUUCUCAAAAGUUAGGGAAAUGCCGGUGGUGGGAGGAAGUGGAAUGUUCCGGUUUGCUAGUGGUUAUGUUGAGGCUCGAACCAAGUCGUUCGAAUACAAGACCGGUGAGGCCACAGUUGAGUACAACUGUUAUGUCGUGCAUUACUAAUAUAAUUAUGGCUGCAUUGUUAAUUAUGAUUUCAUAAAGUAACAGUUGGAUUAAACGAGUGUUGUUGUUUGGGUUUGUUGCAUGUCCGGUUGUAUGGUCUGAUCGUUGCGAUGUGAGGGUUGUUAUUGUCUUUUUAAUAAAACGUAAUUAGUAAAACAUUGUAAUGGUUUGAUUUCAUCUACAAAACGAAUAAAUGUCACUGUUUCUGCAUGAAACAUACUACCAUUUGGUCAAAAUAAGUGGCAAAAAGGCCUAUACUCCAUGUUAAAAAAUGAUUUGAAAAUCAUCAGUGUAUUUGUGAUUACAUUACUUGAGUUUGCGAUAAUAAACAAAUAGAAUGAUUAGCCCAAUCACUAGCCAAUUUUAUCAAAUAGAAUUAUGAUAAAUCACUUUUUUUUCUACGAAGACUAGCUAUCUAGUUAUGUUCUUUUGAGGAAACGAAUAAGGCAGCAGCUCCGUUAAUAUCAUAUAAAAUGAAAAUUUUGGUUCACCGUAUAUGCAAAUCAAAAUAGAUGCACCACCUCGGCAAAUUGUAUUGAAAAUGUGUAUAUAUCUUGUAAACUCUUUAUAAUAUCAAUAUAUUUGAUGUGUCGGAAACGAUGUUAAAAUAGUUGUUUUUAGGGGAAAUACAUAGAUUUUUUGAGAAAUUAAUUGGAAAAAAUAUAUACAGUAUAUAUAAGGGAUGUCACCAUUCCAUUUUUCUUACGCACUGGUAUUUCUUUCCUCUCUUUUGUUUUGUUUUUUUUCCUCUCUUUUGUUGUUGGUAAUUGUAUAUAAUUUAUACGAUAUGCUUUUGUUUUCAUUUUUAUAUUGUUGCAAAACAAUAUUUAGUACUGUUUCAUAAUACUUGAUGUUUUGUAGUAGUGCACAAAGAUUAAAAUAAUUAUAUUUUUCUAAAAAGGUAUUUUAAAGCUAUAAUUUU